GAGUGCAGAAGCGAUUAAAAAAGAAAAAGGGCACUAUAGACUGAUGACUGAUACUCGUCUGAAGCUGACAGACACGUUGACAGUUAUUGACAGCUAACCUUAUCAGAAUUUUUCUCUCCAUUAUUAGUUAUCAAUUAUUGAAUAACACACAGAGUUAUCUCCAACUCACCGGAAAGAAGUAAUGAGGAUUAAACCGAUCGGAGGACAGUCGCGGUCGUAGAACAUAACCUCUCGCGCACCAAUGACCGUGCGCUCCGAGCGUAACGACAGGAUUACCGUAAGGUCGAGCGAAGCCAACUGACUCCGAACAUAUACAGACAUGAUUAAGGCGAUCCUGGUCUUCAAUAAUCAUGGGAAACCUCGGCUUUCCAAGUUUUAUCAGUACUUCAACGAGGAUAUGCAGCAGCAGAUAAUAAAAGAGACGUUUCAGCUGGUCUCGAAGAGAGACGACAACGUGUGCAAUUUCUUGGAGGGCGGUAGUCUGAUCGGCGGAUCCGACUACAAGCUGAUCUAUCGGCAUUACGCGACGCUCUACUUUGUGUUCUGCGUCGACAGUUCGGAGUCGGAACUGGGAAUCCUAGACCUGAUACAGGUCUUUGUCGAGACCCUGGACAAAUGCUUUGAGAACGUGUGCGAGCUUGAUCUCAUUUUUCACGUGGACAAAGUCCAUUACAUACUCAAUGAGUUAGUGAUGGGCGGUAUGGUCCUCGAGACCAACAUGACCGAGAUUCUCACGAGGAUCGAGGAUCAGAACAAGUUGGAGAAGCAAGAGGCGGGAAUCACAGCAGCGCCCGCGCGUGCUGUCUCGGCGGUGAAGAACAUGAAUAUACCGCAACAAAUAAAGGAUAUGAAGCUGCCUGACUUGCCGCAAGCCAUAAAAGAUCUCAAAUUCUGACCAGCCGUCACCUCGUUGGCACCCAGCUGACUGGUCACUACUGUCAUCCCGAGCGUAACCGACACCGCCGUCGCACCGAGGACACUUUUCCCCUCCCUUCAAGCAAGCGAGAACGCACCAAUGCUGCCUGCUACCUCCGCGUAUAUCCCGUCUCAACGAUACCAGAGUUAAAGGCCACGGAUGAACCGCUAUCUCUCUCGAAUCACGGCUCUUCUGGCAAAAAAAAAAGAGUAUAAACUACAAGGGAAAAAACCAGUUUCGGGAAACUUUUGAAUACUGAAUAAAGAAAGAAAUUGGGUAAGACGAGAGGAUGUUUCUUAAAUUUUUUACACGUGUAUGAUAGGAGAUAUAUUAAAACGAUGUCAAAGGUUCACGAAUUCAACUAUGGUAUUGGCAACUUUACGAUUGUCCAAUCUAGUAAUCUAGGCUCCGCGUUCCGUUACAUGUAAAAAAUACAUGUCCACAGUUAUUCACUGAAAACACAAAGCAUUAAUGUUAUAUUGUAAUGAAGAUAUAUUUAAUAAAUAAAAUGGCAUUAUUAUAAAUGUG